CUGUUCUUUAAGGCAUAUUUGAAAGAAGAGAGGAUUCGCAGAUGGAAGAAGAGAUGGGGGGGACAGCGACACCCGUGCUCGCCAUCCCAUCUGGGCUCCCUUUGGUUUGUCUCUCUCUGGGACUUUGGUCAAGGCCCUCAGUUUCUCCAUCUACACACAGUACUCGAGGGUCUUGGGCCUCUCUCAGCUCUGCCAUCGGGAGCGGGCCUGAGCUGGUUAACUCCCACACUGGCGCCCUCACAGGCUGGUUAAGGGCAGCAGUGGCAGACGUUUGUCUUCACCGACAGCCCAGAUGAAAGCAUCCAGGAAAGACUGGGACCCCAUCUUGUGGUUACCAACUGCUCCGCAGAACACAGCCACCCAGCCCUGUCCUGCAAGAUGGCUGCUGAAUUCGAUGCCUUCUUGGCCAGUGGGCUGAGGUGGUUCUGCCAUGUGGAUGAUGACAACUACGUGAACCCACGGGCGCUGCUGCAGCUGCUGGCCACCUUCUCACCAGCCCACAACGUCUACGUGGGCAGACCCAGCUUGAACCGGCCUAUCCAUGCCUCAGAGCCUCAGCCCCGCAACCGCACGAGGCUGGUACAGUUCUGGUUUGCCACUGGGGGCGCUGGCUUCUGCAUCAACCGCAAACUGGCUUUGAAGAUGGCCCCGUGGGCCAGUGGCCCCCGCUUUGUGGACACAUCCGCCCUCAUCCGGCUGCCCGAUGACUGCACUGUGGGCUAUAUUGUCGAGUGCAAGCUGGGCGGCCGCCUACAACCUAGCCCCCUCUUCCACUCCCACCUGGAGACCCUGCAGCUGCUCGGAGUGGCCCAGCUCCCAGAGCAGGUCACCCUCAGCUAUGGUGUCUUUGAGGGGAAACUCAAUGUCAUUAAGCUGCCGGGUCCCUUCUCUCCUGAGGAGGACCCCUCCAGAUACGCCCUGGUGUCCACAGCUGGUGGCCCGAUGACGCUGACCUGUUGGGCAAAGGUUGGGCUGAGGCCUCUGGUUGUCCUUCUGCCUCUGAAGGCAGCCCUGGGGGCCCCUGGAAAGUGCUCUGUGUUGGCUGUCACAGGAAGCCUCCAGGUGGUGGGCAGGCCCCGGAUCUGGAUGGUGGCUGGUGUUAGAGGCAUCCCAGGCCCCUGGGAAGUGGGUCGGGUGGCCCAGGGACAGGGUGGUCCAGGUGAGGGCCAGAGAAACCCCAGGGACUGGCCUUCCACCGGCCUUGGACAGCUGAACUAGACAAAGCUGAGGAGGGUAUUUGAGCUGGUAUGAAACUCAGGGGUCCUUAACCCUCAGAGAAUGAUGAGAGCCCCUAGGUGGGGCCUGGCACCAGCCCAGGCUCUGUUUUCUCAGGCAUUACCUUGGGGUUCAAACCUUGGGCCGCCUAGCCCUGGCGGCCCUGGCCAAAUCUCCAACCACUGAGGGACCCUGGGUGGAAUAAACGUAAAGUCCAGGAUCUGCAGCAGGUACUGUUGUUCCUACGCCCUGCUCACGGCCCCCAUCCCUGGCUAACAGAACCCAGUUUUGUCUGAAGCCUCAACAUGCCCAGGCCCAGAUGAUGGACCAUAAUGGUUCCCAGCCAAUCAUGAUGAUUGUUUUGCUCACUGUCCUAGCUUCCCUUGCUGUUAAGGGCUACCAUGUGACCCAGCUAUGGCCAGUAUGAACUAAGCAAAGUCAAGAGAGGCUUCUGGGAAAGGUUUUGCAGUCCCAUACCCCAUCUUAUUGAUGUGAAUGUGGAUACAAUGGCUGGAUCUGAGACAGUCACUUUGCCACCAUGAAGGAAAGGCCAAGAUAAGCAUCCACAGCUGCCCCCUCUAGCUUCUGAUUCUGUAAGAAAAUUAAACUUUUAUUUGUUUAAGCCUCUCUUGGUCAGGUUUUCUGUUAUAGGCAGCCAAAGUGCUCUUGACUGGGGCAGGGUCUUUGAUCUAUCUGUCGUGGUGGCUCUUUUACGGAAGAGUAUAUGAGACACUGUUGGUGUUGAUGCAGGCUCCGCAGUUAGACCGCCCUGCUCUACCCUCUCUGGCUCUAUGACCCUGGACAGGCCACUUGAUCUCUCUGGUCUGUUUUCCCAUUUUACAGACGAGAAAAAGGAUAUUUACCUCCCGGGUUGAUAUGUAGAUGAAAUGAUACAGGACACAGCACAGAGUCUGGGGAGGAGAAAGGAAGGGCUCAGUGAAUGGUGGCUGUGAUUUGUGUGUGUGUGUGUGUGUGUGUGUGUUACGGCAUGUCAGGGUGUGUGAGGGUGUACAUGGAUGUGUGGGUGGCGUGUACCCUUUUACACAUGUAUGUGCAUAAGGACAUGUGUGCAGCAUAUGUAUGCUCUUGUGCCCAAGUGUCACACAUGUGUGCAUGAGGUACACACGUUAGUGUGUGUGCGCGCCAUUAGGUGUUGGUGUGCUGGAAGUUGUUCUUCCUUUUCUCUGACCUCAGGGCCUGGGUUGGGGGCUCAGAGAAUCAGGGGAGGCAGAGUAGAGACUCAGAGCUGAGGGACUCAGCCUCAGGCAUAGAUAAAGCGGUGAUUUGAUGGCCAAAGUAGGUACUCAAUACCACAGGUGUCCUGAGAGUACUGGGGUCCACAGAGAUUGGGUGAGUGAAUGAAAGUGACUGGUGAAAUUUCAGGCAUGGUGGCACGUAAGUGGGGGAAGGUCAGAGAUAAGAAGUCUUUUCUUCCCAUCGUGCCCAGUCAUGUUGGGAGUUAGGGUCACGGUAGGACUCUGGGGUGGGGGAAGAGGGAGGAAAGAUCCUGAGCCAUGGGUCGGGGGACUCCGACCAGGCAGGUCAGAAUCGUCACCCAGGCUCCUUUGGACCAGAAGCCUUGUCAAAACAAGGACCCACUGAGCGCCAGAGCCUUAGCCCUGGUUUUCUGGGAAGAAGCUUGAGGCCCAGAGAGGGACGGCCAUGUGCUGUGGUCACACAGUGAGCCAGGUGCUGAGCAGGGCUGUUUGGGCUCUUCCGGAGCCUCCUUUCCUUCUGGGCUGACCUGAGGCUGGUUUUGUGGGAUGCAAGCUGAGUGGGGGCGGUCUGGGUCUGGCCGGCAGCCUGGCGGAGGACAGACGAAGUGGUGCUUCAUGGCUGCUGUCCUCCCCACCCGCAUGUGGAAGUUCUGCUUUUAGAAGGAGCAGCAGAUUUUCGGGUUGUUCCCAGAUCCUGAGGG